AUGUCAAGCUCGCUGGUAGUCAACAGCGAUGGCCGUCUCGUGCUUGGAGACGCGUCAGACAGAGCGAAUCAGACUUCGAGUUUGAAGCGCAAGGCAACAACGCAACCUACCGAUCUGGAGCUUGAGCAUUUCAAUGUGGAACACAUGCCAAUUGAUGCCUCCUGCAACCAGAUCCGAUGCAAGAUCCGGCGACUGCUCGAUUCCGGUGAGGUGAAGAAGGGCGAGUUUGCAAAGUCCAUCGGCGUCAGCUCCAAAAGCCUCAAUGACUUUCUGGGCAAGAGUGGCGAGAAUGGCGCUGGUAGUGCCUCCUACGAUGCCGCGUGGGAGUAUUUCAAGAAGCGCGAACUGGCCGGUAUCAAGAUGCCCGUCAAAAAGGCGGUGAGGCUCUCCGCCUCAUCUCCCUCCACCGCGCCCAGCAGUGGCAGCUUCAUCGACAUAACAGGCAUCCGUGUGAGUGGCGAAGCCAUGGACGCGGUCGCCAUUUAUGACUCCUGCGACGAAGUCAGAAGAAAGAUCAACGCACAUUUGACCAAGCCUGGCAUCACGCAGGCUCAGUUCUGCCGCGAUCUAGAGGCUCAACUGCACACGCGUGUGCAGAAAGUGCAGUCCAAGCAGUUGACCGAUUUCAGGAAUAAGAAGGGACCUACUGCAGGCAACACUUCGGUGGUGUACUAUACUGCGUAUGUGUAUUUUGAGAAGCUAAGGCUUGCGGAAGGGAGGCCGAAGAGCAAGCAUCGUGUACAGAUGGAGGCGCAGUGGCCGACUGGGGCUGAGACGGAUCGUUUGCGGAACAGGGUUUGGUUUCCAACAAAUGCUCGACCAGUCAUGGAUCGAUAUGGGAACGUGACCUUCCAUAACAGGAGGUGA